GUACCCCCCUCAACAAAGUAAUUGAAGAAUAUUUGCCUUUGUGCAAUACCAACGCUUUACUUUCGCUCAACGAUUGAUGUAACCAAGGACAGCAAUUGACAAUUGAAAGGAAAAACGGCAACACCACAUGGGAGUUGACUUAGUUACUGCCCUGUAGUAGAUUGCACAAAAGAGGAAUUAAACCCCCCCAAGCCCAACGAAUACAUUCUAUCUGUGUUGACAAUUAUGACCAAUAAGGCUCUCGACCAUAUCAGUAAUGCGAAUAAUAGCGAACAUCAAAACAGAAUAUCGAGUCCAUUGAACACGGCGGCGGUUGUUACAUCAAAGCUGUCGUCAUCAUCAUCGACAACAACGGCAAAAGCAACAGCGACGCUGUCGAAUGCGAUUUCCUCAACUCAAAUCAAUAACCAUUACAACAAAAGCAACAACAGCAACAACAGCAACAGAAAUGCCGAUAGCAAAUCAUGUCCUGAAGGUGGCAACAAUAAAGUUAAUGACUAUCAUACGGAUAAGGCUGGGUGUCGACAAAAUCCUAUAAAAGCAUAUGCCCAUGGAAUAUGGUAUCAGGACUAUGACACAAUUGACAACAAUGUCCAACAGCAAAUACAAUUAAUGCAACUUCAACGUCAACGUUUCCAAAGCUCUAACAACACCAACAAUGACAACGAAAACGAAAACGAAAACAACAAGAAAGCCAAGAACAAUGUAAGAGCAACGAUGUCUUUGAGUAAUCUCGAUGAAAGUGGAAAUUUGUUCAACUCGGUCCAUGGCGACGAAGUGAUAACUGGUAAACAAAAGCAGCAGCAGCAGCAACAACAAGCAUCGUCUAUGGACAAAUGUUUGAACGAAAACAACAACCAUGGAAAUAACACACACACCAAUAACUGUGAUAUUGUUGUCAUCGAUAUCGAAGAUGAACAACUCUUUGAGGGAUCUAAUCCAGGGCAAUCAUUGGCACCAGCUCCCUUCCAUUUCUCAGGUCGUCCGGUCUUAAAACAACGUUCCAUUGAUAUAUCCCAUGGAAACAUGAGACAUCAAACUAUUUCAAAUAGAAACAGUCAACAUGAGAAUGUCAAGGAUUGCCUGGGCAAUAUUGACAUUGAUGGGGGCAGCAAUCAGCAGGACAACGAUGGUGAUCAUAAUGAUGAUGAUGAUGACGACGACGAUGAUUCAUUGGUCUCUUUGGAAACACUUUCAGACAAUGUCUCGAUUUGGAUUGAUGGAGAAAAGCAUUGGAUAGCCGGUGUCGAUGCACAAACGACAUGUUCGGAUCUCAUCUGGGCUCUAUUGCAUUAUCAAAAUGGACAAAGUGAUGGAAAGAGUGCGUCUGCUGCAGAUGACAAUGGGCGCGGAUAUACUUUGGAAACACCAAAUGACUCUAAGGAUAACCAAAUCAUCGAGAACAAUUGCGAAACCAGUAGGGCAAUGGAUUUUAACAACUGCCACAGCAAUACCAUGGCCAACUCUGGCCUUGCGAACAAUUUCAAUCAAUCAAUGCCAAAAAAUACCAAAGAAGAAAAUUGUAAAAUAAAGCAAAAUCCAGCUACAACCACAUCAACGGCGAGGACAGCGUCGUCAUGUCCGAAUGGUAGCAGAUUUCCGGCUACAGCUUUGCCAUUUCCACCUGGCAUUAGCAGCGCAGCGCAAUUGACAACCGAAUAUGUCAUCGUCAAACAGUAUCAUCAUUGCGAAGAGUAUCUGGAUGGGAGUACAAAAAUUUUUGAUGUUCUACCACCGCGAAAUAGUCAGCACAAGAAGGAGUGUGAAUUACUGCUACGGCGUUUGGGUCCAGCACCAGUGACCGCAUACGCCAACAAUAAUAACAGCAACAACAACAGCAGCAGUAAUACAGCCAACACGCCGCAGUUGUCUUCAUUAAUCUCCACGGACAAGGACAGCGGCAUGGGCAGUCCGGUGGGUAGUGCUCGAAGUGCCAAGUUUCGCCGCCGCAAACAUAAAUCAUCGCAGUGGUUGGCCCAGGCAAAUACAUUGCACCCGAAAUUGUCCCGCUGCACGGCCACGGCCAAUGAACGUCUUCUCAAGAUUAUAAUGGCCCAGGAUGAGACAAUUCAACGGCAAUUGUCAUUGUUACGCGAAAAGGAGCGUCAAAUUAACAAGAUUGAAGAGGAGAAACAUCGCAAACGUGAACGUGAGCUGGGUAAAAACUAUCUGCUGGAAACAUACCUUAAUGGCCUGGACGAGGCGGAAUGUCAGCCGCAACCACAGGAUGGAGAGGAAAUUUUUAUAGAUGAACCAUGCCAGCAGUUCUGUGAGACUACCACACACACAUCCACGAAGGACACAUUAACAAUGGAUAUACUGGAUAAUUUUAAGCCCAAAGAUAGUAAAAAGGACAAAAGGAAGAAACGAGCUAAAGAAAAAUCCUCGAAUAUUGAAACGAAGCUCUCAGCCAGUGGCAUGCAGCGGACAAAAGAUAAAUUUGAAAAGGUUGCAAGGCAACAUUACAACAACAAUACAACAAAUAUACCCGGAAGUAUAUUCGAGGAAGAGCAGGAUUUUAAAUUAAAUGGCGAAGACGUCGUCAGUCGCAAUCAGACGGAAAUUGAAUUGCAAAUAUUCUGGUUGGAGAAGGUUUACACGCUAAACAAACAACUGCAAAGGGAAGAAGAGUUGGCUGCAAAAUUACAUGCGAAGAUACGGAAGCAUCAGCUGAAGAAGGCCAAUCAAACGCAAAAGGAGGUACAAUUGGAAAUGGACAAAUUGGACAACAAUCUAGCUCUGCAAUGCGGCAAUAUAAGACGGGUGGAGGCCACAUUGAUGGAAACAAAUGAACAACUGCAAAAGAAACUGGCGAUAUUGGAGCGUUUGAGUUUGGAAUACUUGAGGCAGCAGCAAGGCGACGACGAACAAGAAGAAGCACUAACCGCACGGCAACAAAAUUUGGAAAAUGAAAAAAAUGCCAGUGGCUUGCAGCAGCAGCAUCAUCAUCAGCCAUUGUUGGAUACAUCAAAGGAAGCAACACAAAAAGUAUUGCUGAUAAAUAAUAUCAAGUCGGUGGAAGAAGUUGUGCAAUUGCAAAAAUUAAUAUCCAAACCAAAUUGCGAACAACAAAGGAUGAAAACAUCAAUUCCAUUAAGGCAUUCAAAUGCAGAACAAUUAGUUCAUGCGGCUCCACAAAUGAGUGGCGUCACAGCAUUAACGCAUCAUCAUCAUCAUCAUCAUCCGCAACAACAAACAAACGAGGAACGACAAUUAAAUCCGGAUUUUGUGGCCAAUAAUGAGGGACAAGUUGCUCCAUUAACAAAUGUGGCUAAGCCAUUACGUCCUCAGUCUACACACUGUUUACAACUUUUAGAGGAAUUAGAGGAGUUCACAGUACCCCCCAACGAAGGACAGGAACCAACAGCAGCGAGAUUCUACAAUACACCAGAUCCGACAAGGGCAAUGUCACCCGUCUGUGUGGCGAUAGAUAAAAACAUGUCGACAUCAUUACACGUUCAAAAUGCCAAAACCAUUAAGAAGCAAAUGUUUCAUUCGCACGCGGCGGCAACAACAGAUACCAAAGCAACAGAAGCAAUAUCACUUACAUCACCAGUACCGUUCUCAGCAGCAGGAACAGCAAUGCUAUUUGUAUUGCCAACAGCAUCAAUGCAGACCACUGGCAAAACAACGAAACUAACAAUGCCACCCCCACCACCACCGCCUAAGCCAACUGAAAUUAAUGCAUUCACAACUACAUCAACACCAACAGUGAAGACAAUACAGCAAUGCCAGAAUUUUAAUCAGCAUAUGGCCCACCUAACACGUCCUUCAUCACAUGUCGAUUUAACGCCAUGGCAGCAGCAUCAGGCGUUUUCAUCAGGACCUGCCAAAUUGGCAGCCGAAACUUCACCAACGAUUGUGCAGGCAACAAAGGUAGCGGUUGCAUUGCCUGCAUCCACUUCAUCUCCGGCAUCAUUGGUGGCUAUGAAUACCGUAGAUAUAAGUCAAUUAGGCACCUUGGUGUAAGAAUUUUGUUCAUUUGAAUAAUUUACACCGAAGAACUAAAGGGGCUGAUGCUAAAAUUGUUCAUUGUAUUUCGAAUGAUUCGUUGUUGCAGAAUUAAGUUGAAUGCAUUAUAAAGAGAAGCAAAAAAGCAGCAAAGUUCGGCGGGGCCAAACUUUUAAUACCUCCACCACUUUGAAAGAUCUUGAAAAUGUCAAAAAAACAUAACAACAUAUAACAACAUAAAUGAAAACCGCGAUAUGGGGGCUAUACGAAGACGUGAACCUGCAUAAGUAAUUUUUUGUCACAGGUUGCAGUACAAAUUACGAGCUUCAAACUUAAAAUACGUUAAAAUCAUCAAAUCAUCAUCGUGGACCUAUAUAGACAAUUCUCUUUCAGGAGGUGGAGUACUCAGAAGGAACUCCAUGGAUUUCAAAACAAUUCCAUUGAAAAAUUUGGCUACAAAUGCAAUAUCGUAGACCUAUAUAGACAAUUCUAUUCCAGGCGGUAAAGUACUUAGAACAAAACCCUUGUGUGGAUUUUCAGACAAUUCCCUCGAAAAAUGUGGCUAAAACCAUAAAAAUACCAAAUAUAGGGGGGUACCGUUAUAUGGAAGUUAUACGAUAUCGUGGACCGAUAUAGCCCAUCUUCAAACUUGACCUGCCUGCACACAAAAAAACCUGUUUUGUGCCAAAUUUUAACUUCUUCUCUUAAUUAGUUUCGACUCUAGUGUGAUUACAACAGACGGA